UCUCAUUCUUUUAAUAUAUGUUGCUUAUAUAAAUUUAUAGUAAUCCUCUCUUUAACGCCAUUGAGUUUCAUUCUUAAACCUACCAUACUGACGAUAAUGGAAAAAAGUAUGGAGAACGUAACAAUGCCACCAUUGUCGAAAUUGCCCUAUCAACUUGAGUACAACGCGAAAAUGGAGCAGCACUUUUAUUUCUUAAUGCUUCACAGUUCUCUAGCUGUAUUGUCUCAUUCCUUGAUCGCUGUCGCUGUUGAUAGCUUCUAUUAUGCUUUGGUCCAACAUGCUUGCGGAAUGUUCGAAAUUAUUGGGUAAGGAUAUUCAGAAUCAAAUGACGACUCGAUAUUGCAAAAUUGAAACAAGAGUAUCUUGCUCCAACACUUGAACACGCUUCUAGACACAUGCUGGAGAACAUUGGCAAAAAUAAUGACGCCAAUUUUCGUCUAGAGGUACAAAGAAUCGAUGAUAACAAUUAUGACGCCGCACUGGACUGCCUACGUAGGCAUCUUCAUGUAGCAGAAUUUGUCGAACAGAUCGAGUUCUUAUUUGCAAAUCUGUUUCUGGUCUGUCUUUAUUCAAUGAUACUUUCUAGCACUAUAUCCGGUAUACAGGUGAUGAUGAAUUUAGACAAUGGAGACAGUAUUGUAGCACCUGUGUCUCUCUAUUUUGCACAAUUCUUCCAUCUCUAUCUACAAUUCUGGCAGGCUCAAUUUCUAUUGGAUUACAGCGAUAUUCCGUAUAAGUCUAUGUUAGAAUUUCUUCGAAUUUCUUUGAAUGCGUUUAUCGUCAAUUAUUUUUAA